UCCGUUGUAUUCGUUGUAUUUUAUUGACUACGGUUAGAAGUGCGAACGGGUUACCAAGUUUUGUGGCUAUUUUCCAUAUUUUUACUGCUCAAGUGAAAUAUAGUUGAAUGCAGCAGUUCAAAAUUUGUGAUUCGUGAAGUGCGGUUGAAUUAACAAGAUAGUGAUUGAAUGAGUUGUAUCGUUUUCGCAGAAAAAGCCUUCUUUCAGUGGAAAAUGAAAACGGGUGCAAAGAGUGCAAUCGCCAUUUUUGGACGUGUUCACGCAAUCUUGUUUGGGAAAUUUUUGUGAAAAAAUAUUCCGUUGGUGCGCUUGCUGACUUUAACCAAAUAUUUCUACGUGUAUUUAAGCGACGAAAUCUUUAAUUUGAUUUAAUCACAGAGGAUCAAAUUUACAAGCAAAUAUACGAAUAUUUAAAAAUCGCAGUGAAAGUUUUCGCAUCCCUUCAGAAAUAUUCUGUACAAUGAUAGUGCUUUGAGGUGUACGAAUGAUUCCUACGUGAGAGGUAGAAAAAUAGUGUCUUCAGUGCAUAGUGCCGAGUGUAGAUCCGAUAAAAGCUUAAGAAUCGUGUCAGUUUGUAGCAGCAAUGAGUCGCAAUCGCGCCAAAGGUGGCGCGACGACGUCCACAUCGAAAAAAAAUAACGAGGAAUUCUUCUUGUCUUCCUCUUCCGCGGUUUCCGUCACGAGCCAUCAUAGCCUGCUGAAGGAUCUGAAGAUUUCUUCGGGUAACAGCAAUGGUUCUGGCAGUAGCGGUAGUAGUAGUUUCAACAAACACUCUUCUAGACACCAACACCGUCCGUUGAAAGCGGAUUACCCGGCGUAUUACGAAAAUCUUAAGUUUUAUCAUCAGCAGUCGUUAGAACAGAAACGCAAGGAUGCUUGCGGUUCCAUCGAACCUCCGGAUCUGAUUAAUCAGAUUGUGUUAGACCAACAGCGUAAACAACAGCAGCAGCAAGCUGCGGCCAGGAAGAAACAAUUAGAACAGCAUUCAAUUGUAAGCAGUAGCAGCAGUCAUAACCACAACACCAAGUAUAACCAGGUCCGAGAGACAGCAGUUAUUAUGGAGUCGGAAGAAUCCGACACUGGAGCUGUCAGUGGUAAUGAAAGCAGCAGCGAUGACCAUCCGCAAUGUCAACAAAUCCAUUCUCGUCCCCAUGGCAAAGAUCAGCAGCAUCCUUCACAGAAACAUGAAAACGGUAUUGAAGAUGACGAAGAAGAAGAAGAUGAUGAAGGUGACGAGGAUGAAGAAGAACAAAAGCAAAAUCAGCAGGAUUCACCGAAGAAGCGAAGUGAAAAAAGUGGCAGCAGUGUUAUCUACAACGGCACCAUCGUCGAUAAGGAUGGUCUGGAGAUGAUUAAAAUCUCUACCAUUAAUACCAAAGUAAAACUCUGCGAAGAGGACAAGGUAACCAUCGAUGACUUUAAACUGCUUAAAGUUCUUGGGACUGGUGCUUACGGCAAGGUGUUUCUGGUGCGCAAACUUGGCGGCGUUGAUAACAACAAGUUGUACGCGAUGAAGGUGCUGAAGAAGGCGACGAUAUGUCAAAAGAAGAAAACAGCCGAGCACACGAAAACCGAGCGUCAGGUUCUGGAAUCUAUAAAACGAUCACCGUUUUUAGUGACAAUGCACUACGCCUUUCAAACAGAUUCUAAGCUGCAUAUCAUCCUGGAUUACGUAAGUGGCGGCGAAUUGUUUACCCAUUUAUACAAUAAAGAGCAUUUCACCGAGGAGGAAGUGCGGAUCUACAUUGCCGAGAUUAUAGUUGCUCUGGAACAGCUUCACAAGCUGGGAAUAAUUUAUCGUGACAUCAAACUCGAGAAUAUUCUAAUCGAUGCUGAUGGCCAUAUCGUGCUAACCGAUUUUGGACUUUCAAGAGAACUGGUGUAUGAGAAUGAGCGAGCACACAGCUUUUGUGGUACCAUCGAGUACAUGGCACCGGAAAUCGUGAAAUCCAACCAAAAUGGACAUGACGCGUCCGUAGAUUGGUGGUCCGUUGGGGUGCUGACUUUCGAGUUACUGACUGGUAGUUCCCCGUUCAGCUCGGACGAACCGGCUACUCAGACUGAAAUCUCGAAGAAAAUUACCAACACCGAGGCAAUCAUUCCGGAGCAUCUUUCUCGUGAAGCGAAAGAUUUUAUCCGAAAACUGCUAGUCAAAGAUCCGCGCAGACGAUUAGGUGGCGGAACGGCAGACGCUUCGGAGCUUAAGUCGCACACCUUUUUCAAAUCGAUCAAUUGGCGACUGCUGGCAGAGAAGAAGGUUGCGGCCCCGUUCAAGCCAGUGAUUGAGGACGAAUUGGAUACUAACAAUUUCAGCGAUGAAUUCACGAGGCAAACGCCUGUGGAUACACCAGCGUCUGCUCCACCUAACUCAGAGCGUUUAUUCAGAGGUUAUUCGUACGUUUCACCUAGUUUACUGUCGGGUAAAGUCGUCGAUAGAAACAAGUAUAUGAAGAACAAGAAUACUCGACCGAGUGAGACAUCUAUUCGACGGUUCGUCAGUAAAAGUUCCCCGUUUUACAAAAAGUAUGAACUGUCAAGCGAACAAGCAAUCGGCGAUGGACUUUUUUCAACCUGUCUCAAGUGUCGUCGUUUAUCCGCAUCUUCCAUCACUAGCAAUAGCAUCAACAGCAGCAGUAGUAGUAAUAACAGUACUAAUGGUCACCACAGCAACAAUGUUAGUAGUAGUAAUAGCAAAUACUACGCCGUCAAAGUACUCUUCAAUCAUCCGGAAUUAGCCGCAUACGUACGGCAAGAAAUUGACGCCCUUAAAGCCUGCCAAGGUCACGCAAAUGUGGUCAAAUUUAUAGAAACGUUGAAAGAUUCUCAUCACAUAUAUAUAGUGCUAGAGCUACUAGAGGGAAAUGAGUUGCUAAACCGGAUAAACCAGAGCAAAACUUUUACCGAAAGUCAGGCGCGGCAUUAUUUUCGCCAAAUGGUUCAAGCGGUUGCUUACAUGCACCACAAAGGCAUUGCCCACUGUGAUCUCAAACCGGAGAAUAUGCUUUUUGAAGCACCAAAUUCCGAGCAUCUGAAGCUCAUAGACUUCGGAUUUGCCAAGAAUAUAGAAAACAACAACUGUUUGCUUUCUUCUCCAGGUGUCACUACAGGAACGCUCGGUUAUUCCGCGCCGGAGGUGUUCGAAGGUCGAUCAUAUGCUUUGGAAUCGAGUGAUUUAUGGUCAUUGGGGGUGAUACUGUACACGAUGCUCUGCGGGCAAGCACCGUUCACGCCACGGCAGUUCUUUGGUCAUGCCAAUCUUGCCUCAUCCGCCAAGCAAAUGGAGAUCAUUAUGGACAAAAUACGCAGGGGUUCGUUUGAUUUGGCGUCCUCAGCAUGGGCGUGUGUAAGCGAAGAGGCCAAAGACUUAGUGAAGCGAUUAUUGACAGUAGAUCCCGAUCGGCGGAUAACGAUGGAACAGCUCCUAGUGCACGAAUGGCUUGAUCUCAACCGAACGGCUGGUGUACGAAGACAGUUGAAAAUUGUCUAUCCACAGCAGAGUUUACGGAGAUUGGAACAGAAUGUGCGGAACACCUAUGACGCAUUUAAACGAGCUCAGGAGGAAGGUUUUCGACUCCGAGAAGUUAGCAGACCAGCCAGUACCAAUCAGCGGCGUUCCAAUGGGACCAAAUCCAAGAAAUCAACCGAAAGCCAGUAUAGUAGUUCGAUGGAGGAAAGCACUUCAAGUGGCAUUGGGCGCAGCAAGUCCAGCAAGAGUAGUUCUAUUUCGGAUCAUAACCAUCGAACGGCUAGUAUUUCCAGCAACAGCUCUGAAGUGGUCAUCAUAGAUGAAGAAGUAGAAAGUGAUCACGUUGAACAAGACAUUGAUCCUGAGGAAGAAGAAGACGAAAAGCAAACAAAUGAAAUAGAUCGGGAGAGUGCGCCGGAAAGUAACAAUAACGAUGUUGAUAAGCUCGAAUCUGAUGCUGCGGGUGAGGAAGAGGAGGAUGAAAUGGAUGAAUUUCUGGUAGAUCAAAUUUUACAAGAUGUCGAAGACAUAGUUGAAGAGGAGGAGGUCAAGCAAAGAGAUAUCGAAUCUUCGAAUCAGUCACAAAGGAAUGAUUCAUGCGGUAGCGAAACCAGCAGCAGUACUGUUCCUUUCGCUCUCGAGGACCCUGCUGUUAUACGACCUAAAAAUGAUCUUGUUACAAUGGAAACAGAACUAGUAAUGAGUGAGGAUUCAUGCAUUCAUCUAUUGUCGUCUUGUUCAGAGGAAUCACUGCUUGCCGGUCUGCGUACAUCAAUCGACGCUGAGAAGAUUGAAUUUGGAUUCGAGCUGGACGAUAUUUACUAUUUUUGUGGAUUCGAAGAAGCAGAGCAACUUCUUCCGCAGCCCCCGGAAAUCACCCUCAGUUUGGCAAUUAGUCCUUUACAAAGUUCACGCAAACGAAAAAUCGAAGAGGACAACUCGUGCCGGCGGCCCAAGCGGAUAAGACCAACCGUUAACUAUGUUUACUAGGAGUCUUGUUUUGUACACUGGUACCGAGUUUUCUGUAAACUGUCAUAUUAUCAUUGUUUAUUUGAUAUUCAUGUAGCAUUAAACAUGAACCUUUUUUGUUUGGUUCAAUUUGAAUGCUCAUCUCUUAAAUCAAAGGGAUAAUAAGACAUAAAUACGCCGUUAAGUGCACUUAUUAGACUUGUUAUAUGAAAUAUACAUACAUCCAUUGUGUACGCGAAGUGAAACAAAAGUGGAUAAAUUCCAAACUGUUUAGUAAACGAUGCACCAAUUUUAUCCUCUCACCGCAACGUAUAAUAGAGGUAACACAUACACAAAAAGAAGAAUGCAAAGGGUUUUGAAUGUACGACAAUCGGGUAACGCCUUGCUGUACUUUUUGUUUCAAUCUGGUUCUAACUUCUGACGGUUGGUGUUUUUUUUUCACUUUCCACGAAUAUAUACUGAAUGCGUUUCUUAAACUUUUUACAUUUUUGACAUUCGUACUAAAUUAGACUUACAUUGCUAAAAAAGCUAUGGAUUGUUGUGCAAUUUUCAAUGCAAUUUUGUCAUUUCGUCAAAUCUCUCUUCAAUUUCAAACUUCCAUCAAUUCUAGAGAUGUACAAAACGGUAAACUUUUUGUUGCAUUCCCCAUACAAAUUAUAUAGAAUUGAUGGUCAUUUGUUAGGCGAUCCAAAUUCAUAAUGCAAUAUUAGCUUUUCCAGAAACCCACUAUAAAUAAAUCGCAAUGCCAAAUGCACCCAGUAAAUUCUCUUUUUGUACAGAUUUGUAAACAUGACAGUAGUUUUUAUGUUGGCGUUUUGAUAGCGAGCGCCUAAACACUUGACACCCGGAUUACGGUUACAACCGAUGUAGUUAGUAUGCGUGAAACAGUUAGAUAUCAUAGUUCGGUUUUUAUCAAAGUUUAGGUUUUUAUCGAACGAUGGUCAACAACGUCGACAUAGAAAUUCAGCACAUGAUCGUGUAGAAAAUAUCCUCUUGAGAGGAGGAUGGAAUAUACGCAUCAUCACGAAAUUCCAAACACAUUCUAUCGGACACACGAAGUUUUCAACUUAACAACUUCGAAAAACAAAAGAAAAAAUAAUAGAUAGCCUUCCGAAAGGAUUAUGCCUUAAACCAUAUCAACCGAUUAGACAGAAUGAGAAUUAUUGAUCUUGUUUCGCUACGACAGAGAAUGAUUUACGGUGUAGCUAAAGGUGGAGCUUGAGAGUCCAACAAAAGACAAACAAAGAGAGAAGUAACUGUAAAAAAAAAAUUAUUAAGUGACAAACGUGUGCGAAAGCAAAAAGUUAACGGUUUAAUUAUUACAUGUAAUUUUAACGCAACAAAUUUGAGCAAACAUUGUGUAAAAAGCGCCAACCCAAUUCGGAUGAGUGUGUUCCAGCAGCACCGUGUGACCAAUUUGAUCAGGUAGAGUAACACAAAAUUGUACAAGACAUUACACGGGAAUAAUGUCAAUAAAAAACUUGGGCAUCUUUUGGAAUGGAACGCGAAAUUGAAUGUUUGUGCGGUUUUCGCAACGGGUAACAGAAGGAUGAAUGUGUAAAAUAGUAGCGGGUCCGGUUUGACGGAUAUAUCUGAUAACAAAUUGAAUGUAUAGUAAAAAGUAUAAUCAACACGAAUAAGAAUAAACUAAUGAAAAUUAGUUUGGCGAAGGCUAUCGCUAAACGGUAAUAAAAAAAAAACAAUAACUAACUUUACAAAUCUGAAAAUAAAUAAUGCGUAAUACCACUCACAUAUUAUAUACACAUAAAUAUUGCAGAGUAAAGGUAAAUUAUUAGCUAGUUAGUUCAAUUGAGUAAAGUGACCAGAUAACAUGCGACAAAACUAGCUCUAAGUACUAUGCUAAGGUAGUCAGAAGGUAAAACGAUUGAGUUGUACUAUUAGCAUUCAGUAAACAUAUUGACUAUUAUCGCAGUGUAAUUAUUUUAGUCAUAUUCCACAGUUAAGUCCGCCGAAAUUAUAUAAGAAUUUGGGUGUAGGUCACCAAGCAAAAAAAAAUAUAAUUUAGAUAUAUCAAGAAACCAAGUAUGUGUAGGCAAUGUGGAAUGGAAUAUCAAGAAAAUUUGUGUAGACUAGCUUAGUAUCGUUUACUGUAGCAACUAAAGUAAAUUAAUUGAACAAAUGUUUUAGUUGAAUGGAAUUGUUUAUUCUUGCUUAGUUUUAAUAUGCACUCGUAUGUUUUUCUCUGUUUUCAAUUACUGAAACUAGUAACAAGUAGCAAUUUAGGACAAGAGUAUAAACAAAGGAAAAUAAAAAAAAUCGAAUGAAACACAUGAAA